AUGCAAUUUGUUAAAAAGGAGGAAAAAAAUAUUCGAAGGACUGUUCUAAACAGUGUUGUGGGAACUCUAGACCUCAGCGUCCGUCAACUUUUGCAAGGAGAAAGAUAUCCAGGGGAGAUGAAAAGGGUAUCUGCUAUCUUGGCUAGCCAAGUGCAUUACGGAACACACCAAUAUGCUUACAUUGCUAAUGUCAGUGUUUCUAAGUUUGCUCGACGUCAGGGAAUAGCUUCAAAUAUGCUACAGUUUGCAACAGAUGUUGCUAAUUUGGCAGGUAUGAGGAAACUAUUUGUACAUGUAAAUGUGGAGAAUGAGGCUGCUCAAGAAUUGUAUAAAAAAACUGGUUUUAAGGUUGUUGAAGCAGCUUCAUCUAGCAGAGGUUUGUCUCAAGUCUAUUCCUAA